UGCAAAGGUUGAUCCUUGAAUUAUUUCUGACUCGCACUUGAUUAUUGGGACUGUCUAAAUCUUAGCUCCGACUCGCAAUUUCGCCAUAAUCAGUUUCAUCACUUGCUUUUGAAAGUCAGCAGAGGUAAACGUACAAUGGCGAAGGGCGCAUCUGGAUCGCAGGCAGCUACCUUAGUACCACGCGCUGGUGGUGGUGCCAGCACAGGUGGCAGCGCAGCAGCCCGAGCUCCUCCAACUGCAGCUGGUCUGAGGAAAAGGACAACUCGAUCAACUGGCAGUGGAGCUGGGAGACAAAGCGGUGCUGGGGGAGGCCUCAACUUCUACACUGAUGAUACCCCAGGGCUCAAGAUGUCCCCGGUGGUGGUGGUGUUCAUCAGCGUGGGCUUCAUUAUCUUUGUGACAGUGCUCCACAUUGUGGGCAAGCUGCGCGGAGUGUGAGUGGCCAGAUGGAAGGUCAAGGCCUUAGCGCCAGGACCGUCAAUGGCUCAAAGCGGGGGAAGCAGGGAAGUUGUGACGGAUUCCCUGCUUGGGACGGGCGUGUGCGUUGAUCUGUACUAAUUGGCACUCUUGAAGACCCAAAUUCACUGCACUGAGUGAAAUUGCCCUGAAGCAAUGACAGGGCAGGAGGAGUGUUGGGCUUAUGAGGCAGUGUGUGGCUGCAAUGGACCCCCCUACGGUACCGUAGGGGACCGUAGAGGACCGGUCCUGAUGCGAGCAUGCUUGGAAAACAUAGAAACACUGCAGCGAUUGCACUUGUAAAUGCAGUUGGUGGUGGU